AUGACAGACUUAAAUCAUAUCGCCUCUUCUUUCACCGUCACUUCUGGCGCCCUUUGUUUCGGCACCUUGAGCAACAUGCUCGGAGGUGCUCAUGCCCUCAUCCAAUAUCCACCAACGUCUAGUCCUCGUCCUACAGGCACGGUUGUAGCUCACCAAUUUGAGCACAAUGUCCCAGCUAAAAAUGGAGACUGGAAUGUCUACAAGCUCCGUGACAUAGACAGUCCGCGCGUAGACGGAUGGUUCGCGGCUCACCAAGAUGUCGACCCUGUGCCAGAACUUACCAAGAUUCUGCGGGUGGCUGGUUCUCCAUACGAAGAAACCGAAAACACAUUCAACAAUGAUGCGACAAGAGCUGAAAAGGUUUUCCUCGUCAAUCGAUACGACUGGGGUUACUACGUUGGAGGGAGCGAGGUCGAAGAGGCGGAAGAUGAGGAAGAUGAGCUCGCCGCCAGCAACACCAUUGGCCUUGUGGACCAUGCACAUGGAAUUGCCCUCGUUCAGAAAUGGGCGCGACAAAAAUCCAGAAAGAGACGACCCUCUGAGAAUGGCGUCUGGAUGUAUAUCCCAGAUGCUGAAUACAUGUGGGGACGUUUCGGCUUCAACGACGACUACACGGAGGCACGUUCCUUUUUAUACUUUACACAACGAACCGAAUUUAGGGUUUGGAUGGUCGUUCAGAGGGAGCUUGUGCUAAAUUCAGGCGAGUCUGGACAUUGCAUCGGACGAGGCCUGCAUUUGGACUCAGGUCCCCUGUCUGGAGAGGGAAUUUGGGGUUCGCAUGGAGCUUUUCCCAUGCGUCUUCAAGUCUAG